AUGUGCAAUGUAAUACAAAGGCGAGGUGUCGACAACGGACAACGUAAAAGUAAAAAUAACGAGGAGCAAGAUGAAAUUGAGAAUAAUAGUAGAAGAAGUUUUACUUUCGUUUACCAUUUACAAACUGAAACAUCAAAGAUCCAAGUCUGCAAAACAUUUUUUUUGAAUACUCUAUGUAUUAGUGCCCAAACAGUUCGAACAGUUUUUAACAAAAUGAAUUCUGCUGGAUAUAUCAAGGAAGAUCAAAGAGGUAAAGCCUGUAAAAAUUCCAUGUUGGACGAGUCAGUGAAACAAUCAGUUCGUAACCACAUCAUGUUGUUUGAAACCAUUGAUAGCCAUUACUGCAGACAGAAAACGGAGCGAAAAUACUUACCUCCAACACUAAAUGUUUGUAAAAUGUAUGCUCUGUAUGAAGAAUUCUGUCUAGAUAAUAACAUUGAAAGGAGAGCUACAGAAAGUAUGUAUAGACACAUUUUCACAACCGAAUUCAACAUUUCUUUCUUUCUGCCAAAGAAAGACCUCUGUGACGUUUGUCACAGCUACGAAAACAGUUUGACUGACGAAAAACUUAGAAUGGAGCAAGCAUAUCAACAGCAUAUAGAAAACAAGAACUUAGCUCGAAGUCUUAAGAAUGCUGAUAAAGAGAAAGCUAAAGCAAACCCUUCAUUUUGUGCAGCAGUAUUCGACUAUCAGCAAGUAUUGCCAGCACCCAAGACAGAGGUCGGCGUCACCUAUUAUAAAUUAAAAUUAUCGACAUUCAAGUUCACAGUUUUCAAUUUGGCAUCAAAGGAGGCAUUUUGCUACAUGUGGCAUGAAUGCGUAGGAAAAAGAGGGUCGUCGGAAAUUGGUAGUGGUCUUACGCUUUUUAUUGAACAUCAUGUGCGAAAAGGAAUCAAAGAAUUUUCAUUUUUUUCCGAUAACUGCCCAGGGCAGAACAAGAACAAAUUUUUGUUUUCUCUUUAUAUUUAUCUGGCACAAAAAUAUUCAAUCAAAAUUUGCCACACCUUCUUAGAGCGGGGCCACACACACAAUGAAGGUGAUUCUGUUCACAGCGUCAUUGAGAAGGUCGCUCGAAAUAUUCCAGUAUACACUCCAGAUCAAUGGUUCAGUCUCGUCAGGGCAUCAAAAAGAAAAAAUUCAUAUGUUGUAGUUGAAAUGAGCCAGCAAAGCAUAUUUGACCUUAAGAAGUUAACCGAAGUAGCUUCUAUAAAUUGGGAUAAGAAAGACACAAACGACAAAGUUUACUGGAGUGAAAUAAAAAUUGUAAAAACCGAUCCAGAAGAGCCAAAUAUAAUUUUUUAUAAAAACAGUUAUAAAGAUGAAAACGAAUUUAAAAAAAUUUGCAUUUUAAAAAGAGGAAGAAAAUCCAUUGGAGUAAAUAUUAAUGAAAUUCAUUUAUAG